CACAACUUCCCGCCAGCCUCACAUGGAAUUGCGACUCCGGGCAGGCGGCAUCCAUCACUCAUGCUGUUUGUGCCUCAAGGCGUCGUUUGUUUGAGGGAAAUAUUAAUAGGAGAGAUAAUCACCUUCCAACAUGGCCGAGCUCAUAUCGACCAAGCUUCAUGCCGAACAGCAUCUGCUGCUGGAUCAACCGCUGCUACGAGUGCCCUUCGAGCUGACGCGGAAGAACUUUGCCCAAGCAAGACGACACAUCGAGAAGACUUCGGCCGACACUCUCGCUGCCCUCAACGCCGCCGCUACCGCCGCUCCAGAAGCCACCCCCGAUCAAACUCUCGCGUCGCUAGACGCCAUGAUAGCCAAAGCCCAGACCCUGAAGCGCAAGCUUGAAGCCUUACAUGCCGAGGAAGAGAUGCUACAUCGCCACCAACGUGCCCGUAUACAACAUCUGCAAGAACUGCACGACAUUCCCAACCUAGCCGACGUCAAGUAUGAUGAGUGGAGUAAGGUCCGCCUCGAUCGCAUGCUGGUCGACUAUCUGCUACGCCAGGGCUACACCCGGAGCGCUGAUCAGCUGGCCAAGGAGAAGAAGAUCGAGGACUUGGUAGACGUUCAGGCCUUCAUCGAAUGUAGCCGCAUAGAAGCCAGUCUGCAAAAUGGUCGUACCCAAGAAUGUCUGGCAUGGUGCUCCGAGAACAAGCAGACUUUGAAGAAGAUCAACAGCAAUCUUGAGCUCGAAUUACGUCUGCAGCAGUUCAUCGAGCUGGUCCGGACUGGUGAGCCACAGAAGCUGAUCGAGGCUACUUUGCAUGCGAGGAAGCACCUCGGCACUCAUCAGAACGACUCGUACGGCCUGCGAGCUGGAGGCUUGCUUGCCAAUCCUCCCCACACCAGCACGGAACCUUACAAGACCAUGUACUCUACCGCUCGUUGGCCUCAACUCGCCGAACUGUUUGUCAAGACCCACCACGAAAUCUUCUCCCUACCGCCACGACCCCUUCUCCACAUCGCUCUCUCUGCUGGUCUCAGCGCUUUGAAAACACCCGCCUGCCACUCACACUAUGCCUCGUCAUCUUCCAACGCUUCCUCCUCGACCACGUCCGUCUGCCCCAUCUGCUCUACCGAACUGAAUGCCCUCGCCCGCUCUGUUCCAUACGCCCACCACAGCAAGAGCUACGUUGAAGACGAUCCAGUUAUGCUGCCCAACGGACGUAUCUACGGUAGAGGUCGACUCAUGGCUCUGAACGAGAAAAUCGGCACCGCCGAGGGCAAAGUCAGAGACCCUACUGACCUAUCUCUGGAAUUCAACGAAAGCGAUAUCAAGAAGGUCUAUAUUUCUUGAUUCGUCAUCAACACCCACGGGCAUUUCUUAUCAUACUCCUUGGAUUAGCGAGCAAAGGCGACUUCUUAGAUAUUAGCGAUUGGCUUGUUGCAUACUGGGACAUGGCGUCUUUUUCUCUUUGGUUAAUGAAUGAAUGAAACGUGAUUAUGGCUUCCUCUCUUGCUCUCUCCGUGUAUAGUAAUCCAAAC